AUGCCUGCCACAAUCCCCCAGAACAAGUUUGACUCAAUCCCUGAGUCGAUCGAGGCUUUCCGCAAUGGCGAGUUCCUCGUCGUUCUCGACGACCCUUCGCGCGAAAACGAAGCCGAUCUGAUUAUCGCCGCUGAAGAUGUGACAACUGAGAAGAUGGGCUUCCUCAUCCACCAUUCCUCUGGUUAUGUCUGCGCUCCUCUCUCUCCCGAACUCACCACCUCCCUCGAUCUCCCCCAGAUGGUUCCUAACAACCAGGACCUUCGAGGCACCGCCUACACCAUCUCUGUCGACUCGGCCGACCCCUCUGUCUCGACCGGAAUCAGCGCUCGUGACCGCGCUCUCGCCUGCCGAACCCUUGCCGACCCCAACGCCCGUCCCGAUAGCUUCCGUCGCCCCGGCCACGUCCUCCCACUGAAGUCUCGCCCCGGUGGCGUUCGACAGCGACCAGGCCACACCGAGGCUGCUAUUGAGUUCUGCCGACUUGCUGGCAAGGCCCAGGCUGCGGCGAUUUGCGAGAUUGUCGACGAUGGCGAGGAAACUCCCGGCCAAGCCCUCCGUCACAACCAUGGCAUGCUGAGAGGCGAGGACUGCAUCACCUUCGCCCGAAAGUGGGGAUUGAAGGUCUGCACUAUUGCUGAUCUUGUUGCCUAUGUUGAGAAGACCGAGGGGAAGCUUGAGGCUAACGGUGCUGAGUCCAACGGCAGCUAA